CAUUCAUUCACGUGUCACUCUCUCACAAAGUAAAGACUACACCAAGUAAAAAAUCCUUUUACAAAGCACCCCGAUGGCCGCGAAAGUCUUAAAAUUCGAAGCCCCCAGUUCGGCAAGUUCGGACAGCGAUGAGAAGAGCGAUUUGGCCCUCGACAUAACCGACACGGUGUUCAUAGGAGAUGCAGACGACCUCACACCAGAGACGCAAUGUCCAGCCUCACCCACGACUGUGCCACACGUGUCGGGCACCAAAUCGCCCAGACAAGUGUCUUCGGGUUCUCAGAGGUCUCCGAGACCCAGGAGACAGAGGACCACGUCCAUGUCCCAAUCGAAGAAGACUGCCGCGGAGUCAAUUAUUCAAACGCACCAUAGGACUAUAUACACGGCUGGUAGGCCGCCCUGGUACGAUUGUGCAGGACAGCAAGUCGAACCAUUUGUCAUAGGUAUAUGUGGUGGAAGUGCUUCGGGUAAAACUACAGUUGCCACCAAGAUUAUUGAAUCGUUAGGUGUCCCUUGGGUAACACUGUUAUCGAUGGACAGCUUUUACAAGGUUUUAAAUGAGAAGCAGCACCACUUGGCCGAAAGCAACGAGUACAACUUCGAUCACCCGGACGCCUUCGACAUCGAACUUAUGUCGAAAGUGUUGCAAAGACUGAAAGAGGGCAAGAAAGUCGACGUGCCGAUUUAUAAUUUCGUUACACACUCGAGAGAGAACAGAACGAAAACAAUGUAUGGCGCUAAUGUGAUAAUAUUCGAAGGCAUCUUGACUUUCCACAGCCCCGAUAUAUUGAAGAUGCUCGAUAUGAAGAUUUUUGUGGAUACUGAUGCUGAUAUUCGAUUGGCUCGAAGACUCAAACGUGAUAUUACUGAAAGAGGUAGAGAUCUGGAAGGUGUCCUCAAACAAUACAGUACGAUGGUCAAACCUUCAUAUGCAAAUUACAUAGCACCCACGAUGGCACAUGCUGAUAUAAUUGUGCCUCGGGGUGGUGAGAACACAGUCGCUAUACAAUUGAUUGUGCAGCAUGUCCAAGCUCAAUUACAAAUCAGAGGUUUCAAACUCCGUGAAAAACUGGCCCACGCCCACAUGGGCCAACCGUUGCCUAAAUCACUGCAUUUAUUACCAGCGAGUCCUCAAGUCAGAGGCCUUCAUACAUUCAUAAGAUGCAAACACACUCCCAGAGACGAAUUCAUAUUCUACUCGAAGAGAUUAAUAAGGCUCGUGAUAGAGUUUGCAUUGAGUUUUCUGCCUUUCAAGGAUGUCACCGUCGAGACUCCUCAGGGAAUACAAUAUCAGGGUAAAUCUGGUGCCAGCAAUAAAAUCUGUGGUGUGUCGAUUUUAAGAGCUGGUGAAACUAUGGAACAAGCCGUUUGUGAUGUUUGUAAAGAUAUCAGGAUUGGUAAAAUUCUGAUACAGACGAAUAGGAUGACUGGUGAACCAGAGUUAUAUUAUCUAAGACUGCCAAAAGAUAUAAAAGAUUACAAAGUGAUACUGAUGGAUGCAACAGUUGCCACAGGAGCAGCUGCGAUGAUGGCCAUAAGGAUUCUUUUGGAUCACGAUGUCCCUGAAUCGAAUGUUUUUGUGGUUUCUUUACUGAUGGCCGAGAUCGGUGUGCAUUCUAUAGCCUAUGCUUUUCCACAGGUCCGUAUUAUAACAUCGGCCCUGGAUCCCGAAAUUAAUGAAAACUUCUACGUACUGCCAGGAAUGGAAAUUUCGGCGACAGGUACUUCGGAACCGAACCGUCGAUCUAAAUAAUUUCCUUAAGGUUUAAAUGAAGAUGAAGCUAUUUGAAUGUCAUGAUGUCAUGUAUUUUUAUAAAAUGUACACGAGUUACAACAGUUUUGGACAAAUGUGUAUUGAGAAGCAUUUUAUUGCAGUCGU